ACACAUCGUAGAUGCCGGCAACCUCCAUGACUGCAGGAUCGAUACGCUUGCUUAGGCCCUUCCGCAUUCGGCGUAAAGCUACGCUUCCAGUCGCUUGCCCUAUGUUCGUCGUGGACAGCAUGGUGGUGAUGUCCAAACAGAUGGGGUAUAAAAGCGUGCUGCUGUUACCUUGAGCUCUUUCGAUACCAAGCUUCUCGCAAAUACAUCAGAUUCGCGAUGAUCUGCUCUCGAAUCACUGGAGCGAUGCUGCUCGGCCUCGUGGCCUUCGCCUCUGCGGCGCCGCUCGAUGUCGAAGCGGACUACAACUCAACCAUCGAAGCGCGGAACUCGCCGUUGACAAUCACUCUGUAUUUCGAUGACCACUGUGGAGAUACAGUCGGAGAAACGCCGGGCGGCGAUCCGAUCUCGAAGGUGCAAUACACCGGAGACGACUCGACGUAUAUGAAGUGUCAGAAGAGCCUGCCCCCGGGCUUGCUCUCGUACAAGCUCUCGGGAGGCCCGACGUUGGACUGUGGCGACCCCGCUCAGCACGAGAGUAAGGUGUGGCAGGUGUUCAACGGGCCAAGCUGCAAGGGAGAUGGCCAAGUCAACACCGACCAGUGCAAGGCUACAGCCUGUACGUCAGCAUUAGAAGCAGACCCUCCCCCGAACAGUGCUGUCGAUGCGAUCCUGAGACAUGUCUUGCGCAUUGAGAAUCCACCAUUGUGGAAUUGGGGUGUAGACGGACGUCUCUUGGAUACAAUUCUACACUCACUGCUUUCCACGAUUCCACGUACGCAUGCUGACUCUAAAAUUGUAGGCACGAAAUGCAGCCAGCCGCCGUUUGGCGAUGGGAAAUAUUGCGAGUCGGUCGAAUACACCCUGUACAUUGCUCCGCCGUGACAAGGGCCCGACAACACACGGGCCUCCAGGGCUGACGAAGGAUUCAUGGGAGAAGGGCAGCCAGCUGCAGUCAUUCAUUCGUA